AUGGCGAUAUUGGAUUCAACUUACGUAGGAGAACGAGCGAAGGUUCUUGUCCUGGGCAGUGGAGGACGUGAGCAUGCUUUGGCCUGGAAGUUGUCUAAAAGUAAAAGGGUUCAGACAGUGUACGUAAAUCCGGGAAAUGGGUCUGGUUUUCCUCGGGCACCAGUUGAUGUUUCUGACGUUGAGCAGAUUAAAUCAUUUUGCCAAAACGAGAAGAUAUCUCUUGUUGUUAUUGGACCGGAAGAUUACAUCUUUCGUGGUUUUUCUGAUGAUCUGUCAUCCACAGUGGCCUGUUUUGGGCCGUCAAGGGAUGCCGCUCGACUUGAGGUAACGUGGGGAAAUAUAUACGAUAAACUUUUGAGUUUUUCUGGAUUAAAAACAAGAGGUUUUUGCGAACUAUUUAAGCAACUGGCUUUGCUUCUAAUCAGUCAGUGCCUUUCUUUUACUUUUGCAGGUUGGAGUAAAUCGUUUGCUAAAAACUUCAUGCAAAGUGCUGGGAUUCCUACUGCUAAAUUCCGUGUUUUCAAUGACGUUUUCUCUGCCCGGGAGUUCCUGUCGAGUGUAAACUGGGAAGGAAUUGUUGUCAAGGCUGAUGGACUUGCGGCAGGAAAAGGAGUUGUCGUUUGCUCGAGUAAGGAAGAAGCAGUCAUGGCUGCGGAAGAAAUGCUUGUUAAUAACAAGUUUGGCAGCGCUGGUCAGGAAGUGGUCAUUGAGGAACGUCUGUACGGUGAAGAACUUUCUGUUCUGUGUUUCACAGACGGAAGUGUUAUCAAACUUCUUCCGCUGGUCAGAGAUUACAAGAAAUUAUUGAAUGAAGAUGAAGGACCAAAUACUGGUGGCAUGGGCGGCGUUGGACCAAUCUAUGUCGAGGACGAAAUAUAUAACCAGCUUGUGGAAAUAUGCGGUAGAACAGUAGCAAGUUUGAAAAAAAGAGGUUUUACAUAUAAAGGUCUGCUCUAUGUCGGCGCGAUGGUUACAGAGCAGGGUGUUAAGGUGCUGGAGUACAACUGCCGCUUUGGUGAUCCAGAAACUCAAGUUUUAAUGAGAAUUCUUCAGACUGACUUGUACGAUGUUAUGUAUGCUUGCUGUUUUUCGAGGCUCAAUGAAAUUCAUUUAUCAUUUUUGUCUGACUUUGCGUGUGCUGUUGUGCUAGCAAAUGAAGGCUAUCCCGCGAAGGUGGUAAAAGGCGGUGUUAUUUCAGGUACUGAUGAAACAUGUGAUGGCGUACUUGUUUUUCACGCUGGUACUAAGACGAGUGGAGCAGAAAUUUUGGCGGAUGGAGGGCGCGUUCUCUGCGUGACUGCAACUGGAAAAACCGUCAGUGAUGCUCGAGGUCGGGCCUAUAAAGCUGUACGGAAGAUUCUUUUUAAGGGUAUGCAAUAUCGGAUGGAUAUUGGGAACAGAUACGUUGAAAGCACACUUACUUAUGCCGGCAGCGGAGUCAGUAUUGACGAAGGGAAUAAGCUUGUUCAAAGGAUAAAAGCGUUGUGUAAUGAAGGAGUAGAGCAGGACGCUGGAAGAAUUGGAGGGUUUUCUGCUUUAAUCGAUUUUGCUAAAAUUGGUCGAGGAAAUUUUGGUACUUCACAAAUUGAAGUUGGUAUUGACGGCGUUGGGACUAAAUUACUGAUUGCGGAUAAGGUUGGGAAUUUUGCAAGCGUAGGGCAAGAUUUACUUGCAAUGUGCUGUAACGACGUUAUGUGCCAUCUGGCGAAACCUGUUGUGUUCGUUUUUUACUACGGCGUUGGGAAAUUUCAGAAGUCACGAGAUGUCCAAGUACUUGGCUCUAUCGCAGCUGCGUGUGAACGUAUUGAGUGUAAAGUAGAAGGAGAAAUCAUCCAUUCGCCGACUGUUUAUAAAGAAACUCAAUGGGAUGUCGUAGGAGCGUGUAUUGGCUCUCGGGAUAGACAUUGGAGGAGAUUGCCUUUGAAAGAAAAGUAUACUGCUUGGCCUACUUUCUUUUUUGCUAACUGUUAUGACAGUUUUGACUUAACUCGCAUUAUUAGGAUGGCAGUUGGUGAUGUCCUAGUCGGGAUUGCUUCGAGCGGACUGCAUAGCAACGGUUUUUCUCUUGUGCGCCAGAUUGUCGAUAAGGAAAGCUUAGAAUACACGAGUCCAUGUCCCUGGAAUCCACUGGAGACCCUUGGUGAGGCAUUGUUGUGCGGAACUCGGAUAUAUUCUGACACAGUGCUGCCCGUGAUGAUUAACUCUCCUAGCAUUUUGGGAGCAGCACACAUCACUGGUGGAGGUAUCGAAGAAAAUGUCGCCAGGAUUUUGCCGUAUAAUCUUACAGCAGUUGUUGACUGCUCUUUGUGGAGGAUUCCAGAACUUUUUAAAUGGCUGUAUAAAGUAGGUCCGGUAAGCUGUGAGGAGAUGCUGCGUGUUUUUAAUUGUGGAAUAGGGAUGGUUUUGGUUUGUCGACCAGACGAGGCACCACUAAUUGUCAAGCAGAUCAAUUCUAACGGCGAAAUGGCAGCGGAAAUAGGUGUACUUCAACUGAGAUCACAAGUUACAUGCUGCGGAGCAAUCCCAACAGUUUUUCUUGAUUACUAUGGUACCGGCAAACUGCGCAAAGAGCGAGCUUUUCGAGUUGUUAAAAGCAUGGCUAAAGCAUGUAACGAAAUUGGAUGCUUAUUAGUUGGAGGAGAGACUGCUGAAAUGUCGGGUGCUUUUGAUGAUCAUCAAUGGGAUUUGGUAGGUUUAUGCAUUGGAGUGAAACCGCGCUGGACAUGUCAGCUGGACGCACCCAUGGAGGAUGGAGAUGCGAUUGUCGGUUUGACCUGUGAAUCUUUACGUUUCAGCGGCUUCCCACUUGUCGAUAGAAUUUUCAAAGCAGGAAACAUUUCAUAUUCUCAGCCGUGCUUAUGGAAUCAGGAUAAGAUGUUAGGUAAAGUUAUGCUUUAUCGACUUUUUAAAUACAAAAAUUAUCGUUAUCCUUGCCCAUUUGAAAAUCCUAUCUGUACAUUCGUUUUUAUCACUCAAAAAAAACUGUUCCUCAGCUACCUAUUUAUAGGUGAAGUCCUAAUGGGAUUAACCAACAGUUACACUAACACUAUAAUAUCUGUUUUAUCCUCUGGUCAUGUCCUUAGGGCAGUCGUUGUUAAAGAGGGUGGACUCGAGGGAUGUCUUCUUCAGUUAACUGGUCCUUCUCUUAGACCUGUUAUUGGAUUUCAGCUAGAUUACCAUCUUACUUGUUAUAGGAUUGCGGCUCUUGGGAAAUUGGAGAAGGGAGGGGUUUCUUUCGAGGGAAUGAUGCAAAACUUCAACUGUGGCAUCGGAAUGGUGCUGAUUUGCAAGAAAUACGCUGCAGAAGAUGUACUUUAUGAGAUUGAAAGCAAUGGCGGACACGCGGUUGUGAUUGGAAAUCUGGAGAAGAGAGAUGGUUUGAUUUCUAAAAUUUUUGUAUUGUCAAAGUUCUCCGUACAACUAACUUCUUUAGAUAAGGAGCGUAUUAAGUACAUCUGUCGAAAAGAACCGUUUUGGAUGCAGUUUGGUAGCGUAAAACUGUUGAAAGUUGCUGUCAUGAUUUCUGGAACAGGGACAAAUAUGGCAAAACUCAUAGAAAGUUGUUUGUCUCCCGAUAGUGCCUGCCGUGUGGUUCUCGUGAUAAGUAACCGAGAAGAUGCGAAGGGCUUGGAGGUUGCCAGGAGCUAUGGGAUUGAAACGCUCGUUGUGCCUUUCUCGUCCAAAAUUCACCAAAAACACUUUGAGGAUUUUGUUGCUGCUGUGAGCUUAGAACUCUCUUUCUGGCUUGCUACAUCUGAUGAUAAAGCAUUGCAGCAUCUGGAGAGAAGAUGGAUAAGUAUUAUAUGCCUUGCUGGUUUUAUGCGGAUUUUAUCGGGAGGAUUUGUGAGACGCUUUUAUCACCGAAUAUUAAACAUUCAUCCAUCACUUCUGCCUCAGUUCAAAGGGGCGCAUGCUAUUCAAGACGCAUUAAACGCUGGAGUUAAAGAAGCUGGCUGCACAGUACACUACGUAUCCGAGGAAGUCGAUUCUGGUGAAAUCAUUGCGCAGGAGUCGGUGCCUGUUUUCAAUGACGACACAGUCGAAACUCUUCGCAAAAGAAUCCAGGAGAAGGAGCAUGUCUUAUUUCCAUAUGCACUACAAAAAGUGGCAAAGCAGUUAAUUUGA